CUCGCAACAGAAAGUGGGCCGCUCCUCUAAUCCAUGUUCCAUCCUAUUAAACAAACUGGUCCAUGGUGUGGAGCAUGCAGUGCAGUUUUUUUACAAUUUGCAGAACAUAUUCGAUUGAAUCGGUUGCUUCCAGAAUGACGACUGACAUGGGUCCUCCGCCUCCAAAAAACCCUAUCGCCACCACCACCUCCGAAGAAGCCCUCUCAACAGAACCCCUAACCAAAACCCUAGACGAACCUUCAACCUCCUCUGCACCAGCGAUGGGUCAAUCCGACUCCGUUCAAUCCCAAUCCAACGGCCACCAGGAUUCCCUACCAAUCCGUCCACCAGACGAACCACUGCAAGCCGAAAACACCACACCCAAUCAGAGUGUCGAUGUUAAACAGGACCAACAACGCCCAAAUGUUCCAGUUCCUUAUACGAUUCCUGAGUGGAGCGGACCUCCUCGCCACAAAUUUUUCUUGGAAGUCCUCAAAGAAGGCUCCAUCAUUGAUCAACUCGAUGUACAUGAGAAGGGGGCUUACAUGUUUGGGCGCGUAGACCUCUGUGAUUUUGUCCUCGAGCACCCAACCAUUUCUCGCUUUCAUGCUGUUCUUCAGUUCAAGAGAAAUGCAGACGCAUAUCUUUAUGAUCUCGGUAGUACGCAUGGGACCUUUGUAAACAAGAAUCAGGUGAAGAAAAAGGUUUAUGUACAGUUGCGUGUUGGUGAUGUGAUUCGAUUUGGCCACUCGUCUCGAUUACACAUAUUCCAAGGACCAUCUGAGUUGAUGCCACUGGAAAGUGACUUGAAGAAAAUCAGAAAUGCAAAGAUGCGAGAUGAGAUGCGAGAUAUGGAAGCUUCACUUAUACGAGCAAAACAGGGAAGCGUCUUGUGCUGAUGGUAUAUCUUGGGGCAUGCGUGAUGAUGCUAUAGAAGAAACUGGAAUAUGUUUUCCUAUACAUUAUGAACACCCCUAAUUCAGUAAAAAAACAACUAGGUUGAAGUUUUAGACACACUAGUGUAAAAUGUAAUUAACCAUGAUGUGGAGUUUGACUAAAACCAGUGGCUCGGUCACUUGGCGACCUAACUAGCAUCAUGGCUGGGAAGG